AGCAUUCCGGACUCGGACAUCAACCUAAAGCAUUAUAAACAAGCAAGGUCUCACGAGCGUUGGAGAGAGAUCAGAGGAGUAGCUUCUCACUCAGACAUCAGACUCGGACAUCAAAGCAAUGGCGCCCUCACUUGUUACCAUCGACGCAUCGGAGCCCCUCGAGAAGAUUUUUGAGGUCAUCGACAGAGAUGGCGGAGUCAUUGUCUCCAACUUCCUCUCCUCAGAACUUCUGAAAGAGUCUAUGGCAGCGAUCGAGCCUCAUUUCUCUGGCCGCAAGCUGUACACCUCAACAUCGACCCACGAUGAGCUUGGUGAAGGUUUCUUCCCCGAAGGGUCCCAGCGAGUCUACGGACUGCUGGCCAAGAUGCCUGAGCAAAUUGUCAAGAUCAUGCGGCUGCCCGUUUGGCAGGGCAUAAUGGCACACUAUCUGAACGAUGAGUUCUCAUCUUACACAGGAGAUAAGCUGGUUCCACAGAAGAGUGGCUACGUGCUGGCCUCAACGGCAGCCCUACGAUUGGUACCAGGGGCCAAACCUCAGCCUCUUCAUAGGGACCAAAUCGCAUACCAGACUCGUCCAGACCCGAGCAAUCCCCUGUUCACUCCGAUUUUUGGUUGCUUGAUUGCUGGAUCUAAAUGCACAUACAAGAAUGGGGCUACGGCUGUUAUCCCUGGCAGUCACCUCUGGGGCGCUGAUCGUAUCCCCAAGUUAGAAGAAUGCACAUAUGCCGAGAUGGAACCUGGGUCGGCAUUGUUUACUCUAGGAUCCACUUAUCACGCUGCGGGAGAGAAUAAGUGUGACAGAUCAGACCCUGACGCUCUCCGCACUCUCUUUGCGUGCUUUGCGCAGCGUGAUUACUACCGGCUUGACCAGGAUGAAGUCCUCAGUACUCCCAUCGAGAUUGCUCGAACUCUUCCGGAUGACAUCCUUAGAUUGGCAGGCUACUAUAAGGCUGUUAGUGGAGUUGGAUAUGUUGAGGAUCACCAAAACCCAAUAGAGUUUAUGCAGAAGGAUGAGGUUGGCAUUGGCAAGUUUGGACCGGCUAGCGACAAGCUUACUGUCUAGGAGGCUAUUAGAGAUUAUACAAGUCGCGAACUAAUUCCCUCAUGCCCUUAAGAGUUGUUUGCUGUGUGAAAAAUGCGAUGCCCACGUGGCGUAAGCACAGGGAAGGUAGUAUUUGCUGAGAGCUUCACCCCUAAAUAUCCUUGGCAAGGUGGGGAAGGCCAGCACCUGUCAGCAUAGCCAUG